AUCAGCAUAUUGGUUUUAAAACAUCAAAACAGGGAAUAUCCGAAGAUGUUUCAGUCUGGUUUGAGGGAAUUUGUCUCUUCCCAAGAAAUGAUCUAUAUUCCAUUUUAGAAGAAUUUUGGCAAGAUGAUAAACAGACAGGAAGAGAUAAGGAAAACCAGAACAAACAUUUAAGUCCUAUCAUCUUCACCAACAAGGAUACACUAGCUAAUAAGGGGAACUGUGACUAUAAUAAAGACAUUGGGAAAAAAUUUCAUGUAAACACAAACCUUUUUCCUUCAAGAAAAAGACUCCAUAACUAUGACUCAUUUCAAAAGAGUUUGAAGCCUAUUGUAAGCUUAUGUAAUUGUAAUAGAAACAAUGCAACAGAAAAUUUUGAUAAGGUUAUUGGAUAUGGUAAUACUUUUACUUGUAUGAAUUCUCAUACAGAAAUGAAUGCUUGUGAAUAUAAUCAAUGUAAGAAACUUCUGAGCAAGCAAGCUCUCAUUCAGCAUCAAAAACAUCAUAGUAGGGAGGACUUCCAUUUAUUUUCUGAUUGUGUAAAACUCUCUACCCAUAAGACACACCUUUUUGCACAUCAAAGGAUUUAUACUGAAGAGAAACAUCAUGAGUGCACCAAAUGUGACAUGAUCUUCACUCAGAAGUCCCAAUUUGCUGUGCCUAAGGUUUAUACAAGAGAAAAAUCCUAUGUAAGCACUGAAUAUGGGAAGAAAUUUUCCCUCAACUCAAACCAUGAGAAAACUCCUCAUACCGAGGAGACUGACUAUAAAUGCAGUGCACGUGGAAAAGCCUUUUUCAAGAAGUUAGAUCUGUUCAGACUGCAGAGAAUUCCUACUGGAGGAAAAAACCCCUAUGAUUACAGUGAAUGUGGAAAAAAUGUCUCUCGCAAUUCAAAUCUCAGUAUACACAAAAAAGCUCAUACUGGCAAGAAACACUUUGAAUGUAUUGAGUGUGGAAAAUCUUUCACAAGAAAGUCAACACUAAGUAUGCAUCAGAAAAUUCACACGGGAGAAAAACCAUAUGUAUGUACUGAAUGUGGGAAAGCCUUUAUCCGAAAGUCACAUUUUAUUACACAUGAAAGAAUUCAUACUGGAGAGAAACCUUAUGAAUGCAAUGACUGUGGGAAGUCCUUUAUAAAGAAGUCACAACUCCAUGUGCAUCAGCGAAUUCACACAGGGGAGAAUCCCUUCAUAUGUUCAGAAUGUGGGAAAAUCUUCACUCACAGGACAAAUCUCAUUAUACACCAGAAAAUUCAUACUGGUGAGAGACCCUAUGUAUGUACUGAAUGUGGGAAGGCCUUUACUGACAGGUCAAAUCUCAUUAAACAUCAAAAAAUUCAUACUGGAGAGAAACCCUAUAAAUGCAGUGACUGUGGAAAAUCAUUCACCUGGAAGUCACGGCUCAGGAUACAUCAGAAAUGUCACACUGGAGAGAGACAUUAUGAAUGCAAUGAAUGUGGGAAAGCAUUUAUUCAGAAGUCAACACUGAGUAUGCACCAGAGAAUUCAUAAAGGAGAAAAGCCCUAUGUUUGCACUGAAUGUGGGAAGGCCUUCUUCCACAAGUCACAUUUUAUUACACAUGAGAGAAUUCAUACUGGAGAGAAACCUUACGAAUGCAGUGACUGUGGGAAAUCUUUCACAAAGAAGUCACAACUUCAUGUACAUCAGCAAAUUCACACAGGAGAGAAACCCUACAGAUGUGCUGAAUGUGGAAAGGCUUUCACGGACAGAUCAAAUCUCUUUACACACCAGAAAAUUCAUACUGGCGAGAAACCCUAUAAAUGUGAUGACUGGGGAAAAGCCUUCACUCGAAAGUCAGGCCUCCAUAUACAUCAACAGUCUCAUACUGGAGAAAGACAUUAUGAGUGUAGUGAAUGUGGGAAAGCCUUUGCACGAAAAUCAACACUCAUUAUGCAUCAGAGAAUCCAUACAGGAGAGAAACCUUAUAUUUGUACUGAAUGUGGGAAGUCGUUCAUCCAGAAGUCACAUUUAAAUCGACAUAGGAGAAUUCAUACUGGAGAAAAACCCUAUAAAUGCAGUGACUGUGGGAAGGCUUUUAUUAAGAAGUCACAACUCCUUGAACAUCACCGAAUUCACACAGGAGAGAAACCUUAUAUGUGUACUGAAUGUGGAAAGGCCUUCUCCAUCAGAUCAAAUCUUAUUAAACACCAGAAAAUUCAUACUAAACAGAAACCUUAUAAAUCUAGUGACUUUAGGAAAGACUUUAACUGGAAAGCACAAUUCAGUGUACAUCAGAAAUCUAAUACUGAGGAAGUAGAAUGCCCAGUGCCACAAUCAUGGGGUAGGGAUACAAAGUUGUGAGGAGCUAUAGCUUGACUAAGAAUCAAGGGGUAACCCAAGACUGUUUUCCUCUGUCUAGUCAGAAGUAUGAAUAUCUGGAUCUCAUAGCUUAUGUCCGGUUUUAUACAUAUGGGCAGACACUUUGGAGAAAGUGUUUAAGCAGUGAUUAAUGGCAUGCUUGUUUACUUGACAGAUGCUGGGAUUUUUAAGCACCUGCAAAUAAUAAUACAUGUGCAAGGAGAUGACUUGCCAGUAGUUCUUAUUUCACGUUUUGGAUAAGCAGCUUUAUAAAUCAGGGCUGUUGAGUUGUUCAUGCCCUGUAUAGCAAAAAUAUUCAAUGUUGACCAAAGGAAUUUCUUGUGUAGAUUUCCAAGAAAAAUUUUCAUUGUCCAAGCACUCUAUGGACACUGAAAUCAAGGCAACAGUAUAGACAAUUCAGAUGUAUAAUAAAAAGAAUCUAGAAGUUGUUGUGAAAAUUAAAGAUACAAAGAUGGACUCUA